AUGCCCAAGACUCAUUUCUCACGUAUUUCUCCUCGGAGGGGCCUGUUUUACCUUCCCCCCUGCUCAAGGAGGUUUUCAUGUAUAGUUCUGGUGGUUGCUCUACUGACAGUUAUAUUACUGUUUAUUCCUGCAACAAGGAACUUGUUGCUCUCCCCCAUCUGGCCCAAAACCUGGAGAGAAAUGGGAACCUUGCAAGCUUUAACUAUCAAAUUUUCUCCAGAGCUCCCAGAGGAGCCUGAUAUCAAGCAUUGUUAUAUAAAGACAGAACCAGGUGUUUCCUUGUCUGAUAUUGAUAAGAGUAAAGUGAUGUUUCACUCAGAUGUGUACAAGGCAGAACUCCGACAAGCUGAACAUCGGCUGUUUUUUCCACCAUUGAAAGAAGAUGAGAAACUGACCCUGCUGCACACUUACCUGGUUGUUGCCACCAGCUUGCAGAAAGCGGGUAUAGCAUUCAUGCUGGUGGAAGGUUCACUUCUUGGUGUUCACCGCCACCGGGGCAUGGUGCCAUGGGAUGAUGAUAUUGACAUUGCCAUCAGUGUUCUCAAUAGGAAGAGUGUUGGCAGACUCUUAGGUUGCAUACAGGGUUUCGACCUCGUGGUCAGCUAUGUUGGACACUGGAAGUUUUUCCCAAAUUCUACACAGCAUGGACAUCACUUCCCGUUCAUAGACAUUUUUUUCUAUGCAGAGGAUGAAGAUUAUCUUUGGGCAGUGACUGAUUAUUUAAAACAGACAGUGGUCUUCCCCAAGAAACAUACUUUCCCACUGAACACUGCUUCCUUUGAAGGUUUGAUUGUGCCUGUGCCAAAAGAUACUGAUUACAUUCUCAGAAGUGUGUUUGAUUUUGAAACCUGCCAGUCUUCUAGCUACAAUCACAAGGAAGGUAUGAGCAUACCUGAAAUGUCAACAGUUCCAUGUUCCUCAUUAACUUAUUUAUAUACCAUGUUUAACUUGAAAUAUUAG